AGUGUUGUGUGGCGCAUGCACUACAGUAGAUUAUGCUGCGCGUCCAGCAGGCGGAGUGAUCUGCAGGCGUUAAAAAGUCCUGACAGCAGGAUUCGACAGCUAAACACUGUAAAUUUAGGACAGGUAGAUAGCGGACUUUUUCUCCCCUCUUUCUUCGCAGAAUCUCCAGCCAACACUGCGAUACAAAACGGGACCAUGGAGAGAAAAAGCCUACCCGUUAAGCGUAUUCUCAACAAGCCACAGAUUUUCCGCAGCGACCUUCGCACUGAUGUGAACGCCGGCCAGCUGCGGGCCGGACGAUCGCUGCAGACCAAAGUGCAGAGAAGCAGACACAAGAAUCUCUACGAUGUAAACCAUCAGCUCAAGGUCAAGCCUGAUUUAAACACAACACUCCCAGUUCGACAAACUGCUUCCAUCUUCAAACAGCCAGUGACAAAGAUAACUAAUCAUCCCAACAACAAGGUGAAAACAGACCCUCAGAAGGCAGUGGACCAACCAAAGCAACUCUUCUGGGAGCGGAAGCUGAGCGGGUUAAAUGCAUUCGACAUAGCAGAAGAGCUGGUGAAAACGAUGGACCUUCCCAAAGGCUUGCAGGGCGUCGGGCCGGUGUGUUCUGAUAAAACGCUCCUGUCUGCCAUCGCCAGUGCGCUGCACACCAGCCCAGCGCCCAUCACUGGCCAGCUCACAGCUGCGGUGGAGAAAAACCCGGGAGUCUGGCUGAACACGGCCCAGCCUCUCUGCAAGGCCUUUGUGGUGACUGAUGAUGACAUCAGGAGGCAGGAGGACCUGGUGCAGAAUGUGAGGAGACGACUUGAAGAGGCCCUGAUGGCCGACUCUCUUGCUCACAUAGAGGAUGUUGCUGCCAAAGCAGCAGACGACAAAGUGGAGAAGAAGACCGAGCCGCUGGAGAAUGAGGAGUUAUAGCCGAGGUUUGCUGAUAGACUCCAUAUACUAAAAAAAAAGACUCCAUUUUGUUUCGAAUGCAGAAGAAAA